CCUCUAGCUCUGUCAGACGUCAACCAAACAGUCCGGGAGGGGAUUUCCACAAAGCACUGUUUCCUUUGCUUGUUUUGCUUUCGAUCUGGAGAACGAAAUAGAAUACAUUUUAAGUUUUUGAUUUAUUAUCGACAGUGCCAAAUUAGAGAGCGUUUCAGGGCACCAGUUGCGACAUUUUUUACUUAUUGCGAGUUCGAAUUUCCACGUAUCGCAGUUUUGAAAUGACUUGACACCUUAUAAUGGCCGGUGCACGCUGAUCUCGAAGUUGGGAACUGUUGACAGUUCGUAGGCAGCGACUUUGGAGUGACAGCGCAUUGCUAAAACAAUCGCCAUUUACAGUACAUUGAGAAUGCUGGUUACCGACGACACCCCCACUAUGCCCGUGGAGAGAAUGCGAAUGCGACCAUGGCUGGAGGAGCAGAUAAACUCAUGUAAAAUCCCAGGACUCAAGUGGGUCAACAGGGAGAAGAGAAUUUUCCAGAUCCCGUGGAUGCACGCUGCACGGCACGGCUGGGACGUGGAGAAAGACGCACCUCUGUUCCGAAACUGGGCCAUACACACAGGCAAAUUUCAACCAGGUGUAGACAAGCCUGACCCGAAAACUUGGAAGGCGAAUUUUCGCUGUGCUAUGAACUCCCUACCGGACAUCGAGGAGGUGAAAGAUAAGAGUAUUAAAAAAGGAACUAACGCCUUCAGGGUUUACAAGAUGCUGUCGGCGUCCGAGAGACAGUCAAAGAGAGGAAAGAAGAGGUUGGAUAGGGAAGUGAAGAUAAAGGAGGAGCAGCCAUGCCCAGUCUCCUCCGCCUGGGAAAGCGCCAACGGCUCCACCCUCACAGCAGGGUCCGGAUCGCUCGUGGUCAAGCAGGAAGCGGAUCAGCCGUUGGUUGCAGAAAUGCCUAGCUGCAGUCCUCCAGAGGACCACCUGGUCAUCCCCGAGGUAUGCCAGACCAUUGAGGUGGUGACGGAGAACGAGGAGCAGGCAGUAAGCUCCAGCCACCCCUACCCUCUCCAGAUCUCACCAGUGUCCACGUAUGGAGAGAGCGAUACUGACAGUGUGCAGAGUGAAGAAGACUCCAAAGAGCAUGUUCGAUCGGUGGUAUGGGGCAUGGAUGUGGACAUGAAGCGAGUUGUCCUGAGCAGCACAUCCCUACCCAGCAUGUCCACCUUCAUCACGCCAUCCAAGCCCAACUUCAGGAUCACCACCGUGCAGGACCCCUCCUCUUCCUCCCCUCCUCCCGGAAGCCCCUACAACAUGGAGGAUCCGUGGGGCCUCCUGAGCCCGUCCCACCUCUCCGUACACCCCGCUGGACCGUCCGGCCAGCCCCCCAUGCACGAGAAGCGGGCCAGCGUCAUUAUGAAAACCUCGGACGUCUCCAAGUCUGUCAAAAGCUGCUGAGGCGGGGCCGCCGGCAUCCGGAGCUUCAGCCGGAGUGCACCUGGCUUUAGGAGACGCCGUGCUGGACUCGGGACCUGGGCGGCGCUGCUUCCGGGAAUCUCGCAGCUGACAGAACUGUCACAUCGCAGCACACGCCUGGCUGGCUGAGCGACUCGAGGAUCUCGGUACCGAUUCCGGGCAAAAAUGCAUGUUUCGGUGCACCUCCAGGGCUUAGAUUCAGGGAGAAGUCCAGUACAGUGCAGUGCUGAUCCCAACACUGCCAUUGUCAGGAAGGUUUCCAGACUUGUUUGGGAUGUGUAUAUACAGGAGAGCCACUGUGUAAUGAGUGGCUGCAUCUUUAGCACCUUGUAGAAAAGCACUGAAUGAGAAUAUGGGUGGCCUCUUCUUUCCUCUAGCUCCACAGCUGUGGAGCACAUGUCUACAAGACUUUCUUUUCAGCUGUGGCUCAUGCCCAGUAGCCAAAGAACGCACUCAACGUCUCUGUAGUAUCUUAUCUCCAAACCUGUCAAUAUAGUGUUGUGUCUAAAGGGAGUUUUUUAAUUAAUAUUAUUUUCUUUCCCUGCGAUGAGUCCUGAUUUUGAUUAGUGGAUGUUUUUAUGAAUGACACGAGCACUUAUUUAGUUUGUUUUUUUAAGAAAGAUUACAUUGACAUUUUAUGCUUUCUACUGUAUUUGUGAACGUGUGUGUGUGUAUGUGUGUGUGUGUGUGUGUGUGUGUGUGUGUGUGUAUAUACAAACAAAUGUAACUAUAUAGUACUGUGAAGAAGUAUUUGCCCCGAGAUGGUUUUCUGCAUGUUUUAGAUGCUCAGCCAAGAUUUUCUGUUAGACAAAUGCAUCCAUGAACACAAAAACAAAAAACCCAAUAACUGUUUUUUAAAAAGAAAAAGUACAAACCUGUUGCUAAAGUUAAUUGCUCUACCUUCAACAGCUUUGUCUGCAACAGGUAUCUCUAGAGUUCAGGUGUUGGCUUUUAAAAAAGCCCUUAAAAAUACAUUUUACAAGUGUUGCGUAGUUCAUUUAUUUUUUUCCUGCUGCACAUAUACAUUUGUCCAUAGGCCAAAAUUCCUAGUGUUUCGAGGGCUGCGAAGGGAGUGAUGCAGUUCCUCUACACAGCUGGCAAUCAUUCUGUUCUAGGGUCUUCUGCAAUUUGAGGAUCAUUUUGACAGGUUCUGAUCCUUACUUUCUCUAUUGAAGAAACAUGUUUUUGACUGGGAACAUACAUUCAUAGUCAUAAGCAAUCCCUUUCCUAAUAUAUUUCUUAAUUAAAUGUAUUCCGAGCCAGGACUGAAUUUCAAGGGGAAUUAUUCCGGUAAGCACAAAUUAUCCUUAUAAUUAGGUCAUGUUGAAUGAAGGUGACAAUCUUUUUUUUUCCCUCAUAUAAAAAACUCACAAUUUUAAUUACACACUUAAAAAAAGAAGCUGUUGGUUUUUUUUCUUCCACUUGCUACUGAAAGCACCAAACAGACUCAGGUGCAAGGUGUGUGUGUGUGUGUGUGUGUGUGUGUGUGUGUGUGUGUGUGUGUGUGUGUGUGUGUGUGUGUGUGUGUGUGUGUGUGUGUGUGUGUGUGUGUGUGUGCAGAAAAUCAAGUGGCAAACACUUUUCCACAUCACUGCACAUGUCUAUGGCUGUGUAUGGAAGCAUGUGAUCACCUAACCGAAUGUGUCUCUGUACGCAUUCAUGGGCUUCUUAAUCCUGUGGAUCAUUGAAUAUCUAAUUAUACUAUAAGAUUAUGUUAUAUAAAGAAAUGAUUUCUUGACAAUAAAUGGUAAACACAG